UAUACGUAAACUCUUAUACUUCCCUACUUUUUACGCGUCUGUGAAGGCAACACACAUAUACUACUACGCAUGCGUAUCAUCGUGGUGUGUUGGCCUGAAACAAGGAAGUGUACUCGAGCAGUAGCUGGUGACAAGACUCCUUCUGUUUUAAACAGAGCUAACAAUGGCGUUUGACUGGAUUGGAUUUGGCUACGCUGCAGCCAUCCUUCUGGGCGGAUACAUGGGAUACAAGAGAAAAGGCAGUGUCAUGUCUCUGAUGGCUGGCUUAGUCUUUGGUGGACUGUCUGCUUACGGCGCCUACAACAUCUCCAACAACCCCACUGACAUCAAGGUGUCGCUGUGUGCCUCCGGAGUCCUUUCUGUUGUCAUGGGGACGAGGUACAAGAAAUCAGGCAAACUGAUGCCAGCUGGCAUUAUGACUGUUCUCAGUUUGUUCAUGGUGUUCCGCCUGUUGUUCCUGAUGGUAGCGUGACCGACUGACGAGUCUUCAUACAUGAUUCCGACUAGUUUUUGAAAGCACAGAUCAAACAUUUUACCUACUGACCAAUAACUUUGUUCAUGUUAGCUACAUGCUGUUGAAUAUAUAUAUAUAUAUAUAUAUAUAUAUAUAUGUAUGUAUACACUAUUUUGUAACCUUUUCACUACAUUACAAAAUAUCUAAAAGUGGUCGUUUUGUUGCUUUGAUUUUUCAGUAUGUGAGUCUUGGUGGAUAAAGUUUACACCCCUGUACUACGCCAUUGUCAACUAUUUGUUGUUGUAACCAGCAGAUUAAAUAAAUGAUAUAUGCAAUGCAGAAUAAACCUUUAAUGA